AAACUACUCUCACAGAUAGCAAUGAAAAGAAGUAGGCCUAGAAGAUUGUUUACAAGCGUAUCGAAUGUCUUAAACUGAUUAAUUUACGUUUUGAUAAGGCAGCGAUAUGACAAAAUGACUGGACUAUAAAUAAAACCAAAAUGCAAUCACACAUUUCAAUUAAUAGUGACGAAGUAUCGUCUGCUAAUAUCGCCAGAGUUCCGUGUGCAACAACCGGGUGCGUUGACGUUCGUGUUCAAAAUCGAACUUCGGGGUCGGGUGUUGAAAACUGUUCAUCGUCUUUUGACUCGAGAAUUCCGAGACGGAAAAGACACAGGUGUAUUUCUUCUUCAAGUGUUAAUCAAGUUGAGGAAAUGUCUAACGAGUACAGAGAAACUGACGGGUUACUAUCAUCCACCCGCCAUAAUAGUAACAGCCAUAAUAGAUCUGUAGAAUUGCAGCAAUCUCAUCAAGCUGAUAAUACCAAUCCUGAUUUAACAGAUUCUAACAGCAGUCAUUGCCACGAUGCAUCAGAACGAUCAGAGAUUGAUAAAAAAGCACGAACAAAACUUAUUAUUGCCAGUCUACUUUGUCUUAUAUUCAUGGUGGGAGAGAUGGCCGGAGGUUUGAUUGCCCAUAGUUUAGCUAUAAUAUCUGAUGCAGCCCAUCUAUUGACAGAUUUUGCUAGUUUUAUGAUAAGUCUGCUGGCUCUCUAUCUUGCCAGUCGUAGAGCAACAAAAAAACUCAGCUUUGGCUGGUACAGAGUAGAAAUUCUUGGAGCUUUAAUAUCAAUAUUGAUGUUAUGGGUUUUGACGGGUAUAUUGGUCUACUCUGCUGUUAACCGUAUAAUAGACAAGUCAUAUGAAAUAGACGCUACAGUGAUGUUAAUUACUGCAUCUUGUGGUGUAGCCUUUAAUUUAGCGUUGGGUUUUACACUUCAUCAGGGAGGACAUACCCAUAGUCACUUGGGUGGAGGCCAUUCUCAUAAUACAAAGCAUUCUCAUAACAACCAUUCACAUGGUAACAAAUCUAUAAACAAUGGUCACCAUGACGAUCAUGUUCACAGUUCUCAAGAGGAGAUUCGUGGACGCUAUGGUAGUAUGGAUGAAGAGGCUAAUGGAGAUUACGUAAGGUUUAAAAAUGCAGAUGAGAGUAAACAUCGUCAUAGCAACAUCAAUGUAAAAGCAGCAUUUGUACAUGUGAUUGGUGAUUUAUGUCAGAGUAUUGGAGUUUUAAUAGCUGCAUUAAUUAUUUAUUUUAAGCCUGAAUGGAAGAUGGCUGAUCCUAUUUGUACAUUUUUAUUUUCUAUAUUUGUGAUAGUAACAACUAUCACGAUAUUGCGUGAUAUACUGGUAGUUCUCAUGGAAGGUACUCCACGUCAUCUAAUAUUUACAGACAUAAGAGAUGCAUUUUAUGAGGUAGAAGGGGUAAAAGAUAUACAUAAUCUCCGUGUAUGGUCGUUAACUAUGGAUAAAACAGCUUUAUCAGUACAUAUUGCAGUCAAUAAAGAUGCAGAUGCUCUAAAAGUAUUAAAGACAGCAUCAGGUAUGAUACAGUCCAAGUUUGAUAUUAAGGAAACAACAAUGCAGAUAGAGGAAUACGUGCCAGAAAUGUUAGACUGUACAUAUUGUCAAGAUUUAAAAGAUUAAUUACUUCAUAUCAGGUCUCUCUAGCAAGACUAGACAUAUUAUCAGGAUGUAAUAGACAGUGCCAGACAAUCUAAAACUUAAUCCGGUGGCGAACGCCUUCACAAUGACAUAAAGUUGGCGAUAAAAAAAUGAAACAGCUGUAGUCUUGCAAACACAAAAACCAUAAUCUUUGAGUGAAAGUUGCCCUUUGUGCAUGUGUCGGAACCAUUUGUCGCCUGAAUUUUAUCACUGAGACUGUAUGUUUAAUUGUCAAAUACCAUCUCUUGUGACAAAAACACAAACCAUGUUUUUGUAUGUUGUUUAUGUUUUGAAAACUCUGAAUAUUCUGAUCUCAAUAUGGAGGUUACGUUUAGUUUUUCAUAUAAGCUGCUACAUUUAGAAACUAGAAUUAAACUUGUUCUCUAGUGAUAUUGUUGAUCAGACAUUCUUUAAUAAUUUUGAUUCCGAAGCUCUGCUCUAUUGAUCAUACACAUUAAAAAGUAGUCUUUAUUAAAAAGCAUAUUGGUUCGGAGAUUCCCAACGUAAAUUACAGCUAUCUAAAGUUCCCAUUACUUUCUAUUGACAUCUUUUUUGUUUCUUUAAACAUGUUAGUUACUGAAGAAUAAUUUAAUGACUAGCAUUGAGGCAUUAAAAUUAUAGAAAGUGGUAAUUAGCUAUGUGGAAUAGAUACUAGCUGUAAAACAUGUCAAACUACUACUGCACAAAUUUGCUGGAAAUCCAAUACUAUGUGUGAGUUAAGGCUUGAUAUCAUGAGUAAAGGAUAGCAUAAUAUUUAGACUCUCAUUUCAAAAUUUCCUGAUUUUGAAAUAUGCUUUGUGUAUUUUUUCUUAUUAAACCUUGUCAAUAAUUCAAUUUAUACUCAUUUAAUUAAAAGUCUUUCAUUGUAUAUGUGAUAUUAAUACUCUGAGCCUUCAUUAAAGUCUUUCAUUUUAAUAUUAUUAAUAUUAUUAACUCUAAUUAAGAUGCCUCAACUCCAAGGUAAAUAGAAAGGGGUUUAAUUAAAGCCUCACCACUUUACUUAGGUAGGUCAUUUUGCUGAGGCAACAGCUUUUGUUCAAAUUAUAACUGCCAAAGUAUACACGGAAUGUCUAGGUAACACUUUAAUUGUCAGCCUCGCCUGUCCAACCUCGUGGGUUUUCUCCGGGUCCUCCGGUUUCCUCCCACUGCUAAAGACCCCUACGCGCAAUCGAAUUAUGGAAAUAAAAUUGAACCAUAUGUUAGUCCCGAAAUGACCUAGUUUGUGUUGAGUGGACGUUAAACCCCAUUUCUCUCUCUCUCUUUAAUUGUCAGCCUCACAGAUGCAAUCCCUGAAGUUCCUUCUCGCCCAUACCAGGAAUCAAAUAUGGAGCAUUCUGGUCAUGAGAGCAGUGUCCUGAUCACUCAACUACUGUGCCCCCGACUCUAAGGUGAAGAGAGGUUGUAUUAAUACAAUUAUUAGUCUAGAGUCUAAAUAAAGGCCCAAUGUGUAGUCUAGGUCCAGGAAAUACAGCUAAUGGCUUCCAAAGGUCAAAAAGCAGGUUAAUGGCACCAACAGGUUAAUAAGCAAGUUAAUGAUGCAACAGGUCUUUGCAAGCCAAUUUAACCAAUUGUCACAAUAACACCGCAAUUAAUCAUAUUAAUUGUUGAUGUACAUGAAUUUAAAAAUUUAAGUCCCACACAAUGAUUAAGUGUUCAAAGUAUCGAGAAAAGUGGAACUUUGUAGAUGACCAUAUCAGAUUAUGUUUUUUGAAUCCAUGCAAAGAUUUAUGUUACUGUUAAUAAUAAUACUGCUACUUUAAAGGAGCUUAACCUCUUGAGGUCAGAUCAGAUUAAAGUAUUGAAUAUAUAUGUAUAGAGUUAAAUAAUUAAAAAUAUGAAAUCUGUAAGUUCUUUACUUAAAGUUUCAUGGGGUACUCCACACUCAUCAGAAGAAAAAUACUAGAUUUUGUAUUUUUCUUCUGAUGAGUGUGGAGUACCACAUGAAACUUUAAGUAAAGAACUUACAGAUUUCAUAUUUUUAAUUAUUUAUAUUUGCUCUGAAUUUAUUUAUCGAGCACUCUGUGUUUAGCCUAUGCACACUAUUUGGAUUAUAAUAUGUAUAGAGUUAGAUAUAAAUUGUAUAUAUUUUGAUAUUGAUUUAUGUAUAUAGUUGUAUACGUGAUUUGUAAAUAAACUA